GGAUCUGCCAGCCCCCCGACCUCACACCUGCCGUCUCUGAAACCUCUAGCAGAGGGGGAGGAAGACGAUGUGGAGGACGGCGGGUUCCUGCCUGCGUGUGCUAACGGUCUUGGAACGAACAGCAGCAACAGCGGCGGUGGCAGCAGCAGCAGCACCGGCAACAGUAACGGCAAGUCCAAGGGUGACGCCAGCAAGUCCCACACCGGUCGGCGCACUGAGCUGCUGGGCGCCUCCUCGGCGGCGCUGGAGGCGGCACUCGGGUAUGACGAUGCGUCGUACGGCAAGAGCCCCGCGCAGCAGGUGUGUCUGGAGUGGCGUCACGUGAGACUGACGGUGGUGUCCCCGCGCGGGCUGUUGAUGGUGCUGCGGGACGUGGGCGGCCGGGCGCCUGCGGGGGCCGUCACCGCACUGCUGGGGCCGUCGGGAGCAGGCAAGUCCACACUGCUGGACCUGCUUGCUCUGCGCGGCGCAGCAGCCCUACCAGAGGGCCCCUCCUCCUCCCCCUCCCCUGCCUCCUCCUCCCCCUCCUCCCCUGCCUCCUCCUCUCCCUCCGCCCCCGACUGCAGCGGCCAGGUGCUGGUCAACGGCCAGCCCCGCGACCGCCGCGCCUUCCUGCGCAGCAGCUCCUACGUGCCGCAGGAGGACGCCUUCC